AUGGUUCCGCAAGUAGAAAACCAAUUUACACUGGCAAAUAUAACAAGUGACGCAACCAAAUUCAACUAUAUAGUUGCCAAUUUAGACACAGCCUACAUAUUAGAAGUUAGGGACAUCAUUGUUUCACCACCAGCCACAGAGAGGUAUGCAAAAGUAAAAUCAGAAUUAAUUAAGAGACUUAGUGCAUCACAGCAACAAAAUAUUAAAAGACUACUCGAGCAUGAAGAACUGGGCGAUCGAAGACCUUCGCAGUUCUUACGACAUUUACAGUCUUUAGCAGGCACAACGGUACCGUACAAUAUUGUAAGGUCUCUGUGGUUAGGUAGACUGCCAGCGUCUACACAGGCUAUUCUAGCUACUCAAGCUAAAGCUAGUUUGGACGCAGUUGCCGAGCUAGCUGACACAAUAUCUGAAGCGAUAGCUCCUAGGGCCCAAAUUUCAGAAGCUUCUAACGCUCGUGAAAGUACCAUAGAGAAUUUGACAGCCGAAUUAGCUGAAAUGAAAAUCCAGCUAUCUAGCUUGUCAAAUGCUCAAGCACAAGCUAACAUGCCGUCGCAACCGCAGCAACUUAAGACGAAGACCAUAUCCUAG